AUGGAUCGACUUCCCAACGAAAUUCUCCUCGAGAUCUUUUCCUACUUGAGUCAACGACAGCUUCUUCGUCUGCAGCUCGUUUCGCAACGUUGGAGUCAACUGGUGCGGUCUCCUCCUCUAUGGAAGAGAAUCGACGUGCUUGCCGCGUUUGCCGACGUCCCGGCGGACGUCGUUGUCGAGCAGUUGGCAACGUUUCUCGACGGAUCGCUCGUCGAGUGUCUCGAGGUCGCACGCAGUCCCCUGUCUCAUCGGGGCGUGAACGAAAUUAUGAAGAGUUUCUGUCGCGUUAAGACCCUCUCGUUGACGUCUUACCACAGAAGUCGCGAGGAAGGCAUUUGCAAAGAGUGGACGGUCAUCUGUCUGCGGAGCCUCCGCCUCGAGAGCUGUUUUGGUCUCAACGACGCCGACGCCAACACCAUAGCGACGUGCUGCAAGCAGCUCCGACGACUCGAGGUCAUCUCCUGCUGCAACUCGCUCACCGACCGCGGGAUCACCAGUUUGGCGCAAAGUUGUCGGGACCUCGAGGUACUUCGGAUCUCCGCCUCCACCUACGUCACCGACCGCGGUCUCGCUGCAUUCGCCGACUUCUCGAACAAGUUGAAGACACUCGAAUUGUCGCGCGUCGACGACCUAACCGACGAGACGCUUAUUCGUCUUGCCGGAGCGAGCUGCCAUCUCGAACACUUGGCGUUGGGAUCGGCCACAAAGGUGACGGAAGCAAGCAUUGCGGCUGUCGCUCGACUAUGUUGUAAGUUGAAGUACAUCAAGUUGGUCAACUGUGUCAACGUCAAGGUAAGCUGCGACAUUCAGGAAGCGUUUAACAUCACCGUAACGACGACCGAUAUUCCCGCCAUGGGCUCCACGUGGUACAACUAUUUGGCGGGAGCGAUGGUGCAGCGAGCGAUGGUGCUCCUGCCGUCACGUGUCAAUCGGGCGUGAGGUCGGUGCGCGCGAGCGACUGCACCGCGCGGUAAUAAAUAAUUAUUCUUUUUAACUCAGCGAUAUGGCAAUUAUCAAUAAGGUGUUGACGUCAGAAAGCGAUAUGACGUUGUGAAAUAUGAUUAGCCGUUUUGUACAAAAAUUAAGAUUGGAGAAAAAUGGCAAUAUAAAUAGACCACGCCCAUAGUUUAUCAAUAGACUAAAUACUUAAU